UUCACCUUCCCUAUGGAUCCAGUCCUGGGACUUUCCCUUUAAGAGCUGUCAGAGCAGGGAGGCUGGCCAAGCUGGGCUGGAGGUGGGGACAGAGGAAAGAAAAAGAAAGAGGGGGAGAGUAGCAGAAAAAGUUUUUUUAAAGGAAAAUGCAGGGCUAGUCCGUUGGCCUGACGUCAGAUGUCGCUUUGACAACACCCCCCCCAGGGGGCUGAGGAAGGCUCUCCGCUGCUCUGAUGGGCCAGCCCAGUCCUGGCCCAGCUCCCUGGAGAGGCAUCUGCAUCCUCUGGGCUGAGCCGUAGCUUAGCUCCUGUGACGCUGACUUCCAGGCAUGAGGUGGCUCCUGCCUUGGACGCUGGCAGCCGUGGCAAUCCUGAUGGUGGGCAACUUCCUGGCCACGGCCCUCUCUCCAAGCCCCACAACCAUGACCUUCACCCCAGCACCAUUGGAGGGAACAACAACACGCCCUGAAUUCUGCAAGUGGCCAUGUGAGUGCCCACAAUCCCCACCUCACUGCCCACUGGGCGUCAGCCUGAUCACAGAUGGCUGUGAAUGCUGUAAGAUAUGUGCCCAGCAGCUCGGGGACAACUGCACAGAGGCUGCCAUCUGUGACCCACACCGGGGCCUCUACUGCGACUACAGUGGGGACCGCCCGAGGUACGCAAUAGGAGUGUGUGCACAGGUGGUCGGUGUGGGCUGUGUCCUGGAUGGCGUGCGCUACACCAAUGGCGAGUCCUUCCAGCCCAACUGUAGGUACAACUGCACCUGCAUAGAUGGCACAGUGGGCUGCACACCGCUGUGCCUGAGCCCCAGGCCCCCACGCCUCUGGUGCCGCCAGCCCCGACAUGUGAGAAUCCCUGGCCAGUGCUGUGAGCAGUGGGUGUGUGACGAUGAUGCAAGGAGGCCACGCCAGACUGCACUGCUGGACACCAGAGCCUUUGCAGCUUCGGGUGCAGUGGAGCAACGGUACGAGAACUGCAUAGCCUACACCAGCCCCUGGAGCCCCUGCUCCACCACCUGCGGGCUAGGCAUCUCAACUCGGAUCUCUAACGUCAAUGCCCGGUGCUGGCCAGAGCAGGAAAGCCGCCUCUGCAACCUGCGGCCAUGUGAUGUGGACAUCCAACAGCACAUCAAGGCAGGAAAGAAAUGCCUGGCUGUGUACCAGUCAGAGGAGGCCACGAACUUCACUCUUGCAGGCUGUGUCAGCACACGCACCUACCGACCCAAGUACUGCGGAGUCUGUACUGACGAUAGGUGUUGUAUCCCUUACAAAUCCAAGACCAUCAGUGUUGAUUUCCAGUGUCCAGAGGGACCAGGUUUCUCCAGACAGGUCCUAUGGAUUAAUGCUUGCUUCUGCAAUCUGAGCUGCAGAAACCCUAACGAUAUCUUUGCUGACUUAGAAUCUUACCCUGACUUUGCAGAGAUUGCUAAUUAGGUGGGAGUGUGGCUUGGGGCACAGAUCCCUGUUCCAAAGCAACCAGCCCUCUGAGGCCCAGGACUUUACCAUUGAGCCUUAUUUCAUCUACUUCCUAUUCGAUUCUGAAUUCCCCGAUCCUGACCCUCAGUUUCUGUUCCUGUUUUGACCAUCCCAAUGGCCCAGGAGAGUGCUGCUCGGGUUCAGACAAUGGGUCCCUCCUUGGGGACAUUUUACAUCACUCCAAAGAAAACACUUCUCUGAACUGUUCACAAUGAAAGCCAAGGCUGACCUAGCCAGUCUGACUCCAGCCUGUGCGAGUUGUUAGAAAUCCUGAUGGGACUAUCCAAGGAAAAGCAUCAACUGAAGAACCAGUAUCAUAGACUCCUUCUUCAGAUGCCAAACCUGAGGAUGUUGGGAUCCUGUCAGACAGAUGGAUGGGAUUGGGGACACAGGAAUAAGCUAUCAUCUCUUGCCAAAUGAUACUAUCCUGGCUAUUUCUGCCUACAACGUACCAAAAGUGCUCUUCUUCCAAAGAUCUGUAUAUAACAAGUCACCAAACAUUUCCCAGGGGAAGACGAUAGUUGUACCAUUUUGAUUUGCAAUUGAAAAUCAUUUUUAAAAAGAAGAAGAAAAGAAAAGAAAAAGAAAAGAAAGCCAUUUUCAUUAUUAACCUGUGCAAAUUCUCCCCUCACCCCAUACAGUAUGAAAGGCUCAAAUUAGGCUCAUAUUGAUCAGAAAUGUAAUUUGAGAAGUUUUAUUUUUGCAGAUGUAUGGCAGCCUCCAAUUCAUCCCAUAGGGAUUGGGCAAGGCCAGCCAAUCUCACAAGCCACAGCUAGAUAAGUCGCUGAAUCUGCUGCUGGCCAAGUUCAUCGGAAAAUUAGCCAAAUCUGGGCCUCUUUCUCCCUAGUGUUCAUGGGAGUUGGUAGGGACCUUACAGUGACUUGUCUGUUGUCUCAAAAAGUAAUCUAAAACAGUGGAAUGAUGGGAAGAUGUCCUCAUGGGCCUUAGACGACUCUUUUGAAGUCUACACCAGACCUAACAGAAUAUAUGCAUCAAACAAAUAAGUGGAUCACCCUUCCCUGGCCUGGAUGGCCUCUAGCAGGAGUGGUAAGGCCACAGUAGUCCCUGGGCCCAGGACACAUCUCUUUUGUCUCAGUGAACUACUUCACAGCAUUAGUGUCUGUGAAGAAAAAUUAACUCAGUUUUUUUGGUCUAAAGACAGAAGUCAACCAGCCAUUUAUAAAUGGAGGUCUAUUUAAUAGUGGUAAAUGCUAAAGAGUUUGUAAGCUGAAGAAAGAGAUUUUUCCUAAGCGGUAAUGAGGUUGUUGCCUAUUUUCGCAGUAGAAUGUAAAAUUUCCUGUCACCGUUCUUUUAUUGGGUAUGUUCUACAUGCUACCUAUUGUUCUCAGUAUUUGCCACACAUUUGCUCAUUGAAACUUUGUGAUGACAUGGAGAACUUCCCUUCAUGAUUUCUGUUCAUAACACUGUGAAAUGUAAGCUCAAAGAGGCUAAGAAAUUCGAUCAAAGUCACCCAUCUGGAGAUUCAUAGCCCAGGUAGAUUACCUUCAUAUUUCCCUUUUGCUUCUGAACUUUCCAAACAUGUCAGGGUAGGAAAGUAUAUGGAAGUCAGCAGCUUGCCCUCUCUACAUAUUGUCCCUGUAGGCCCUUUCACAUGAGAGGAGAGUGUGUCUAGGUACUAAAGAUCCAACCUAAACUGGACAGAAAAUGGCACGUGCAUCAUCCCCUGUGGCUCCUCCUGCCCUGAAAUCAGAACCAGCUUACAGCAUGCUUUUAUAAGAUGCCCCGCUCCACACAUGGUAGACAUAUGGGAGAUCUACAGACACACACACACACACACACACACACACAUACACGCACAGAGAGAUUCAUAAGUAGGAAAGGGGACUUGGAAUUCCCCUCCCUCCUGCAACUUUCCAAAGGCCUAGCCUUAUGUAAGGCAAACAGUGGUGCUCAAGAUGUAUUUAAGGAAGAUAAUACAUAUAUACUCCUAUUUGUCCAUUAAAGCCUUUUCUUCCAGGAUCGCAUCUUACAAAUGAAAAAAAUCUCUCUUAAACGAGGCUUAGUACUUUGAAUAAAUGUAUGUUCAUAUGUGUACAAGAGCUUGCAUGUAAAGAUAAGUUACCUCUGUGGAUUAUCAAUUAUGUAAAUUUUAUGUAGCAUCAUGUUAUAUUUUCUUAGAUUGGAAAAAUCUGUCUAAACAGCUAACUCUGUAAGAGCUUUCACAGGAGCCAUAAGCUACAGUAUUACCAGGUAUCCAUCCUCAUUUGGGAAACUGAGCUGAGCAUCUUCAAAGGAGGCUGGGUUAGAGGAGUUAUCACUGGGAAUAGGAGAAAGGGGAGGCCAGAGUAGCUCCACCAUUAUUCACAAAUGGAUCUGGCAUACAUAAGGACCAGAGAAACCAACCAUCUUUGAACAAAGAAAAAUGACUUGGAUGUAAUAUAAAGAAGCUCUUUCUAAUAGUCAGAAACAACCUGUAAUGGCAUGGCCUGGUUCAAGGAAAGUUAAGGGUAUCAGUUAUAGUUAGAAACAAAAAUCCAUGUAUUGGUAGCUUCUUUGGUGCUAAGCCCUAUGGUGCAUUUUAUCAGGUUAUCAGUUAGCAGAGCCAUGCUCAGCACACAACCUUUCUCCAUUCAAUAAAUAGAAACUCUGAAGCUCAAAGGCACUGAAGAGCAGAGGCCCAGACACAUGCUUAGUCCACUCUAUAAGGGGAAGAGAUCUGGACAGAACCUAAAUGACUACUACUGGAGACUCAACAUUUGCAAGUCUUUAGAAGCCACAAUCCCAGCCCACCCCAAAUGCUUAGAAACUAAAGAAACAAUGAGAAUUAGCUAGCCUUCCGGUGAAGAGGUUCACUGUUAUACUGAGUAUGAAUUUCUUGGUUGUGCUUACUCAUUAGACAGGAAGACCUGAGCUUGUGAACCUGCAGCUUCCUAAACCUUACAAUUAGCAUUUGGAGAGCCCCGAGCAAGCACCAACUCAGUGCUUUACUGACAUAGCUUACUUAAUCCUUUCGAUGAGCCCAAGAGUCAGGGCAUUACUACUGCCCAUUUUAGGGCUGAGAACGCAAAGUCUCCAGGAGUUAAGUGAUUUGCUCGAGCUCUUACCAACUGAAGCACUGCAGAUAAACUCCGAAACCCAGUAUCAUGUAACAUGCCCAUGCCAUCUUUUCUGACACCCAGCCCAUUUUCCUGUUCCUAAACCAAAGGCUCCAGAGUCACCAGAGUCAAUUCACAGGACAGUGCAGAAAUUCUAAUUUUGAGGGUGAUUAGACAUUGAUCAAAGAAAGUAAUUUCAAACGAUGUGAUUGUUUGUAACCACCCUAAUUAAUUCUGAACUACAUGUGCACAGAGAUUGUGAAGAACAUUACAGCCUGUGACUAUAUCAUUGACUUCUGCCAUUUCUUUUUAAAGACUUGUUUUUGACUCAAAGGACCCACAGUGACAGCCCUGAGUGGUUGAGAAGAAGGCCAUGAUUAGCUGUGUGUCCCUGCAUAUGUAUGUGCGUCUGUAUUUGUAUGUAUGUAUCUAUUUUCAAACUGUGAUUGAGUAUUUAAAUAUUCCUACUGCCAUUUUUUAAGUGAAUAACGCAUGAAGAAACACCUUUGAAUUUCCUAAUAGAGGAGAGCCAGCCCUUGGCCAUCCUGUCACAUUUUACCACAUUCCUCAUUUUUCUCAUGAUCUUCGUAGCGGGGAAUGUGUUUGUUCAACCAUGAUGAGUUUUCAUUGUUCAAAUUCUUUGUUUACAGCUUUUCUCCUUAAAGCAAUAAAUCAUCAGCAA